AUGAUUUAUAUCUCGACUACUCUUCGCUCGGGUCUACUGAGACGUGCAACUCAUAUAUCUAAGUCAGGAUGCUUCUAUAGUACUCGAAAGGCACAUGAGCCUUUGCGCAUCCUAUUUUGUGGCUCGGAUGACUUCAGUAUUGCGUCUCUAACGGCAUUGCAUGGAGAACAUCUUCGGAAGCCUGAGACCAUUGCCUCCCUGGAUGUUGUUUGUCGGCCUGGAAAACCUGUUGGGAGAGGUUUAAAGAAAUUACGUGAAGUUCCAAUUGCAAAGGUUGCGAGAGAAUUGCAAUUGCCCCUGCAUCAGAUUGAUACAUUCACCGGCUGGCAGCCGCCGAAGCCCCAGGAUUUACCUAUCAAUCUGGUCGUAGCAGUAUCUUUUGGGCUUCUUGUCCCUCCCAGAAUCCUUCGGUCAGCAAGAUACGGCGGACUUAAUGUACACCCAUCUUUGCUACCAGAAUUUCGAGGACCAGCUCCACUGCAACACACAUUGCUCAUUGGACGCGAGAGAACUGGCGUUACUGUGCAAACUUUGCAUCCGAAACACUUUGAUCAGGGGUCUAUUGUCUUCCAGACGCCGCUCCCUGGCUUUCAGCAUCAUUGUCAAAAUCUGCCCGAUCUAGUGCGGCUCAUGGCAAGAGAAGGCUCACGAAUGCUUCUCAAUUGCAUCAGGAACAGCUCUUUCGUGUCGCCACCUGAGCAGAGUUCAUCCAAACUAGCAUCUCGCGGUUGCAUUGCCGCAGCGAACGCACCCAAAAUUACCACUACUGAUCGCCAUAUCGAUUGGGCUACCUGGACGUCAGAGGUCAUCAUGCGCAGACAUCGAGUUAUCGGACCGUUGUGGAACAUUGUGAAUCCUGGGGAGAGGCGGGUAAUCUGGUCAUCGGGCUUCGUAGACUCGGACCAGGAUUUUGCAGACCUACGUCUAGGCACAGGACAGCCGUUCAUAUCAGAGCUCGGUAAAGCGGAGGAAGCAAUUUAUAUUAAGACGUGCGAUAACAAGGUGUUAAGAGUACAUGAGAUCACUAUAGAUGGCGGACAUAAGAAGCGACCAAUCCCUAGCGUCAAACAAGCAAAGAUAUACUCUGGAAAGGAACUCGGCUUUGAUCGAGAUUUCACUAUUCACGACUUGCUUGACGCUCAACUGGGGUAG